UGGCAAAUGCGCCCACGCAGUUGUUGGAAAGUCUGAAUACAUAGGAAUAGUAGCGAUGAACUACGGUGGAGACGGUAAAGUAUUCCUUCGCUUGGCUGGCGAACUUAUUACCGAUAUGUCGCAAGCGACACUUCUCGAAGAUGAGUCACGUGAUUUUGCCCGGAGCAGCAUUUCUCGCCUUGACUUUAAUCUUGAUUCUAAUCUUGUGUCUAAAGUGAACGAGACAAAAAAGAAGUUUGUCUUGCUCAGGAGUGACAUGCCAUUUCAACAAGUGAUCUGUGACGACUUUGACUAUGCUCUCAUUAAAAAGAGGAAACUGAGUCCGGACUUUAUUGUAAAACUAACAGCUCAGCUUGCUUUUUAUACAAUGCACAUGCGCUUUCCAGUUGCUAUUGAUGUUGCAAGUACUGCAUUCUACAAAGACGGUCAGUCUGCAGAGUCACUGAUAGUCACUCAAGAGUCUGCCGCUUUCGUCAACGCUGCAGUGGCUAAUGAAAGGGUCAGUGACAAAGGGCGUUUGUUUGACUUGCUGACUGCGGCCUCUCGUACUAACCAAAUGAGGAUAUUUGAUACUAUGCAAGGAAAAUCGUUUUAUUACCAUUUUCUAACUCUGGAGUAUCUAGCUGAAGAGCUUGGCGAGAAAAUACCAUUGUUUGAAAGCAAAUUGUACUGGAAGACAAAAAGGAUAGACUUUUCUAUCUACCCAAUGUAUUCAGACGUUGAAUUUGCCAUUUUGCCAUAUACUAAUGUUGAAGACGGUUCGUCGUGGGAGGUCUCUUAUGAGAUCGGUCCAAAUUCUGGCAAGCUCAACGUUAUAUGUUGCUCUGUUGACGCUGGUGAGUAUCUCUCGCACAUCAAAUCGAGUCUGAGUACGAUUAUGGAUGUCGUGAAGAAUGGAGCGCAGUAA